AUGGAUGCAAAGAUCUACUUACAAUCCUACGGAUGGAAAGAAGGAGAAGCAUUAAAACAAGGUGGAUUGAAAAAGCCCAUUCUUGUAAAACAUAAAAAGGACACUAAAGGGUUAGGGCAUGAUAGUAAUGAUGCAGAAGCAUGGUGGGAAAGGCUUUUCGAUGGACAGUUGAAAAACCUAGAGGUAAAAAAUGGGUCUGCAGGUUCAGUUAGCUUUGAGCAGAAUAGUGAGUCCGUGGUGAAAGAUGUGAGAAAGGCCAAUUCACCCUUAUAUAGGAUGUUUGUUAAAGGCACAGGAUUAGCUGGUACUGUUGGAAAGACCAAGCACACACAAGUCAAGAGUACUAAAAUAGAUGCAUCCAAAGUAUUUGACGCUGUGACCGAAAACCUAAAAGGGAAUGAAACUACCAAUUCCAAAAAGAGCAAGAAGGAUAAAGAGAUGAAGGCUAAAAAGGAUUCACGCAAUAAAAAAUCUAAGAAAGAUAAGAAAGAUAAAACAGAGAAGAAAACAGAGAAAGUUAAGAAGAGUAAAAAUUUGAAGUCGGAUAAAACAGAAAUAGAUACUAAGGAAAGAAAGAAGGAAAAAAAGAGUAAAAAGAUAAAAUCCGACAAGAAAGCUAAAUCAAGUAAGGAAGAUGGAAAGGUACGGACAAGCACAGCAAGUAAAUCUGAAAAGAAAAGGAAAAGAGAAGAUAAAGUUGACAAAUGUGACACUUCUUCUUCUAAGAAGAAGAAGAGAUUAGCCACCUCAGAUUAA